AUGUACAACGAUGCUGGUGUCAAAUCCGUUGCCAGUCAGGAUACAGAUGGGCCUAUUCUAAUGCAAGAUAUGGCUGACUUGUCCGACUCAGAAACAGCACCACAGCCUUCUGCAAUUCCAGAUGGUGGUACUCAGGCAUGGCUCUCAGUUAUCGGAGGAUUCCUUAUCUCAUUCUGCACUGUGGGAUACUCCAACUCGUUCGGAGUCUACGUCGACUACUAUGACCUCCUUGGGACGUCAACACCCUCGAACAUAAGCUGGAUUGGAUCUGUGCAGCUAUGUCUCAUGCUUCUCAUGGGAUUGCCUGCAGGUCGAUUGCUUGCAGCGGGUCAUUUCCAUAAGACAAUCCUCUUCGGAUCGACUCUUCUUGUAUUCUCACUGUUCAUGUUGUCCCUUGCCGAUCCACAUAACUAUUAUCAACUUAUACUGUCGCAAGGUGUCGGGUUUGGGAUCGGAACUGGCCUUCUUCUUGUUCCUGCACAAUCAGUCCAGGCACAUCACUGGAGCAAACGUCGUUCUUUGGCCAUAAGCAUUGUCAUGUCCGGAUCUGCUGUUGGAGGACUGGUUUACCCGAUCAUGCUCAACCAGCUCUUCAGUCGCGGUGUUGGUUUUGCAUGGAGUGUUCGCGCAUCUGCAUUCCUCACUCUAGGAGUGCUUAUUGUUGCCAACUGCAUUAUGACCGCGCGUCCCAGUAAUGUUCCAAAGCCGGCUACGGAAGGUUCGGUCAGUCUUAGAGCUAUCAUAACUGAUCCUCCGUUUAUUUUGGUUGCUCUUGGAUUCUUCUUUAUCAUGUGGGGUUUAUAUUUCCCUUACUUUUACUUGCAGCUGUGGGUUAAUUUGCAUGGCCUCUCCGGUACACUCGCUUUCUACACAAUCGCGAUCCUCAACGCUGCCUCGAUUCCUGGACGGCUUACUCUCAGUUUACUCGCGGACCAGCUUGGCUUAUUCAAUGUUCUUUGUUCUGUCAUUGUAAUAAUUGGCGUGCUCGUGUUUUCCAUGUUUGGCGUAACGAACACAGCGGCCGUGAUCAUAUUCUCAAUUUUAUAUGGCUGGUUUAGCGGAUCCUUUGUGGCAUUGGGGGGAGCAACACUUGCAUCUCUGGCAAAGAGUCCAGCUGAAGUAGGUCUAACUAUUGGACUAUGUUACUUCGUCGGAUCCUUUGCAUCUUUGACGGGUAUGCCCAUUGAUGGUGCACUGAUGGGGACCGGACCAGUGCUGGAUUGGUAUAAAGCUAUCAUUUUCAGUGCGGUAACAAUCUUAGCCGGUGCAGGGCUCGUAACACUGGCUAGAAUGAUGUAUGCAACGCGGAAAGGCACGCAGCGUCUUUGA